AUGUCGUCGCUUCGUCCCGUACCAAAGCAGCAACAACAACAACAAGGAGAACCUCAGCACAAGAGUCGCAAUGCUGUGGUAGCUGCCGCCGCUGACAUUCUGCUAGUAGGCGCUGCGGCAUUACCCUAUUACAACAACCAUACCAACAACAACACUCCACGACAAUAUAGUAUUAUCAGUAGCAACAACAACAACAACAACGGGUAUCGCACUCCCAUUCGACGGCACCGGUUAUCCCUGGGAAGUCCGAGUGCUGCAUCGGGUACUAGUUCGACGCGGACCACUCCCUUGCGAAGCAAUAACGUCCACAACGUCCAUCACAAUAGCAGCUACUACUUGGAUACAUCCUUUCGAUCGACCACUUCCUCGGCUACCACGGUACCCUUUCACAAUCAACAGUUCUCACCCGAUCGAAAAGAACACGAUACCAGUGGUACGACUACGACGACGUUGACGGAAGAAGAAGACGAAGAUUUGCUAGACAGUGAAGAAUCCGAUUCCGAUAGUGGAAUACACGAAGAGGACGGCUACGACAGUGAAGAAGACUUUUAUACUCUGUCCUAUUCCGAUACCAGUAGUGGUACCGAAGAACAACUGUUGGAGCUAGAACAGGAGGAGGAAAGCAUUCAGGUCAUUCCUGAGGUUCCAAGCAGAGAAGAAUCUCUAGCCAAUCCUCAUCAUACAGUGCUAUCAUCAUCAUCAUCAUCCGACACACAACAAAGAAGAGACGACGUAUCAUCCAACAACAACAACAACAACAACAACAACAACAUGGCAGCUUCGGAAAUGGCAGCCACACCCCGUGCGUCUCACAGACGACAAGGGCGCAACAGUGGUACUCCCGAUGCACUGCAGUCCGUAGAACAGGCCAAACAGCUCUUGCAGCAGCAUCAGCAACAGCAACAACGACAGUUACAGCAACUGCAGCAACAUCACUACGAAAAGGCGGCUGAAUAUCACCACACCAAAGGAAAGAGUUAUCUGAACAAUACCAAUACUGCCAAUACCACCAGCAGUAGCAGUAGCAUCAGUCCACACCUUCAUAAUCAUCAUCAUCACCCUGUACUCACGACCACCUCUACAGCAACCGCCACCACCACCACCACGGCCGCCACGGAAAACAAACAAAAGAAACAGGAACGCACAUUUCAGCAACAGUACAUGGAACAACAGGCACAAUUGGACCGCGAAACAUCCUCUUACGCUGCUAGCGGACGUCAUACCCAUCAUCGCAAUCCCGGAGGCCGCCGUUCCCUCUACGAAGAACCACAAGCCAAGCUGGUGGGGGCCGCCACGGCCAUGUCUACCCACUUUACGUUUGCCAUGAACAAGUUUCAAGAACUCUUACAGCCAUCGUCGGCAUUGGGAUCGUCCAGUUCCCGAUUGGUCUACACGGCCACAUCGGAAUCGUUCACGAGUAGUCUCGCCAAUGGCAAUAAUAGUGCAUCGUACGGAGAAGAAAAGAAAACGGCCGAUCAAGAAGGCUACCAAGAGGAAUGGACGGCCAGUAUGGAAGAAGAUGAGGAUGACGACGACGAACUGGAGGACGAGGAUCAAGACAAACGACGUCGUCGUCGGUAUCAUCGUAGUAGUCACAAGCACAACAACAACAGCCACGACAAUCGUCGACAUCCUCAUGCCGGGUGUUCCUUCUUGCCGCCCACAUCAUCGUCGUCCUCCUCCAAGAAGCACGGCAGCAAGAAAAAGAAGAAGAAACGAAAAUCACGGUCCAGUGCCGCCAGCAGCACCAACUCGAGUUUGUUGUUGGGUGGUACUGGCAAACAACAGCACCAUCGUGAAAUCAAAACGGCGUCGUCCCAUGCCAGUAGUUCCGUCAUUAGCUAUUCUGGAACGAGUAUUAGCAGUGUCACGGCACCCAGCAGUACGCAUACUCCCUUUGCAGCUGCCGCACAACAACUACAACGACCACCGCCGCCGCCACCACCACCACAAAAGCCAGCCAUGAUGAGUAUUCUCGAAGAAAUGUCACCCAUGAUGCGCAUGCGCAAUCAAGAUGCCCAACAUGCCGUCGAGAUUUCGGCAUCGUCCUCGGAUCAUACCAAUACAAUACAACAACAGCAACAGCAACAAAACCAACAAAAGGAAAACACUACUAUUAAUAGUAGUACUACUGCCAAUACGAGUACUACUAGUACUACAGACAACGACAGCAAGAAAAAGGGUCAUCAUCAUCAUCACAACAACAACAAAAGCAACAAGACCAAGAAGCAAACCAAGUCGUCCCUCAAAAAGGUUCUGGCGACCAAACAGUCUCAUCCACAAGACCAACAUUUGAUCCAACCACAACCAUCCACUGCGUCUUCCUAUAAGACAGAGGAACAGGUCAAGGCAGAAAAACAACGCAAGUGGAAACGAAAGAUGAAGUUGGCGCAACAGCAGCGCCAACAGGAACAGGCCGAGUUGGGACCGGACAUUGUCGUUGGUGGAAGUUACAGCACCAGUGUGGACGACGAUGACGACUUUCCAUCCCAGGACGACGAGAUGGAAACCGACUUGGACGAUGAUGAUGCCAGUCAAAUCAGCUUUGGUUGUCGGCCAGGCAGCAACUUGGUGGAGAUUUGGUCGUCGAUCAGUGGAGUGGAUCCGGUCGUGAGCAGUCGAGCUAUGAAAGCUGCUGCCAAGAAUCCGGUCGAAACACUCCACAAGAUCGUGUCGGCUCGUUGUGGUGAAUUGAGAGAAGUGUCUUCUAGUGACGUGGAGGAGGACGAAGAAGACGAAGGAUACUCUUUCAGUGAUGACGAGGACGAGAACGGGCAGAAACAGAACAAACAAAAGGAGGGCGGGCAGAAUGACAAGGCUCGAGGAAGAGGCAAAAAAGGUAAUGGUCGAGGGCGAAGUCGUCGGCCACGAACCCGAAGUCCAUCGUCGAAUGCCAGCCAAGUGUCUCGGUCCAGCCAGAUAUCCCAAAACAGUCGUACCAGUGGCCAUUCCGAGGCAUCUACCGAUAUUGGAGACAUUCUGGGGCGCAUUGAAAAGGGCGCUCCACCAGCAACCACCGCGAAAGAGUCCGAUGCCCUAUCCGAACGGGAUGAACGAGAGCUCAAACUUAUCCAGGAGAAGUCAAACUUUCGCAUUACUGGCAUCAGCAAACACAACGACGACGCUCAAACCAAGGAUGACAAGACGGAUGACAAGAACAAGAGUGCGGACCAAAGCAAGGCCGGCGAAACCGUUUUGUCUGCUGAUACCUCUGUCACUCCUGUUGCUGGAACAGCUGGCGGGAGCGUCAUGUCUGGCAUCUCUGGAGUACCGGUAGGCAGUGUGCACUCUAGUGCUUCUGACGGCAAGACUGGUCCAACCGGCAGUGUCAUAUCCGACCUCUCCCGAACCAGCAAAGCAUCACUACACAGCGUCAAGUCGGUUUCGUUUGACGAAAGCACCAUUGCCAAGACAUCUCCCAAGGCAAGCAUCCCACCGAUUUCCAAAUUGGAUAAGAGUGAUUCGAACUUUAUCAAGAACUUUGUCGCUGGUCUCGGUCAUCACGGCGUGCCGUUGUUGUGGCAUAGAGCUCCCACUACUAGCGACGGUCCUCCCGGGAAUUCUAGCGCUUCAGUUGUAUCAGCGACAUCCGGUGUUCACCCAGAUUCGGUCAGGGCCUAUCUCCAACUACAGUCGGCAUCCAACGCUGCCGGGCAGUCUUCAGACGGUUUUGGUGGUUCUCACGAUGUUCCGCUCACUCCCAAAGCCUGGAAUUCCCCGCGACUGGUUUGGUAUCACGAGACGCUUUCCUCUGGAGCCCUUCAACAGGAAGAAUUGGACCACAUAGACAUCUUUGAUAUUGCUUCCAUUGACACUGCUUCAGCAAUGUCAGCAUCCUUCUUGAAACUCUUGGAAGCAUUCCCAUACUCCAUGCCAUCAAGAACACUGGUGAUACAAUUGAACCGGUCAGCCAGUCAUGCUAUGCGCUCCACCAGUGCCGACUGGUUCUCCCCAGGAGGCGGCACGGCUCAAGUACCAUUGAACAAAAUGGUCGUUUUGGAGGCUACAAGCGACGAAGAUGCCAAGACGCUAGUCCUGGGCAUAAAGUGGAUGGUCGCCCGCCUAGCAUUCAAUCUCAUUGUGGGCAAUUUGAGUAUAUCAUGUGAGCUAUUGAGACCAGAGCAACAAGAGCCACCGCAAUUCCUUGAGAAUACUAGUAGCCCGAAUACCACUGGAGGCAAUGGAAAUAAUGGUGGUGAUGAAGAAAGCAUGGGGCCACGUACACUCCCGCGCAUUCGCCGCACAAAAGUGAUGAACGACAUUACGUUCCAUAUGAUUGAUAGAGUCCUCCAGAAGGCAAAUCGGUUUCAAGAAAAACGAACGCAUCUCGCGCAAGCUACAGCACCAUCGUGAAGCGGGCUUCGUGCAUACAUACACUCUGUCGCGCCACCAGGCAAGCAACCUGAACCAUAAGAAGAAUGUUGUCGGAAGUAUACUUUUCGUCACUAUAGAGUUAAAACCAAAGUAACAGUGCAUUGCUUCAAUUAAUUAUUCUGACUUGGGA